AUGGCGGACGUCGAAGCAGGGCAAAAGGAUGAGAUCAAGACGAAUGUCGCUGAUAAUCAGGAAGAUGCCAUCGGCGACCUAAAAGCUGAACAGGAAACGCGCAAUGUCGGCACCCUCGAUCGCAAGCUUAAGUCGCGACACGUCCAGUUCAUGGCCUUAUCGGGCGCCAUUGGUACGGGACUUUUCGUUGGAAGUGGUCAGGUUUUAUCACUUGCCGGCCCUUUGUCUGCCUUUCUUGCCUACUUAAUCACGGCCUUCAACGUCUACUGCGUGGUUCAUAGCCUAGGCGAGAUGGCAGCCUAUCUCCCCUUACCAGGCGCCGUCCCCGUGUAUGCUUCGCGAUAUGUCGACGAGGCGUUGGGAUUUGUCCUCGGUUGGAAUUAUUGGUACCAACUCGCUAUCGGCUGCCCGAUCGAAGUGACGGUGUCAGUUGUCGUUGUAGACUACUGGCCAAACGACGUUCCCAAAGCUGCGCUGAUCACGGUCUUCUUCUUGGCGAUGGUUAUUAUUAACUGCUUCCCCGUGCGUAUAUAUGGCGAGGCAGAGUUUGCAUUCGGCGCUAUUAAGCUCACCACGAUCGUCGGGUUGAUCCUCCUCAUGUUUAUCACUACCUUGGGCGGGACACCUAGUGGUGAGAGGAUUGGGUUUAGGUACUGGAACAACCCGGGACCGAUGAACGAAUAUCUAACGACGGGAUCACUCGGGAAGUUUCUUGCCUUUUGGAAGGUAUUCAUACAAGCUACGUUCUCGUAUGGGGGUUCCGAGAUGGUGGUGAUUGCUAGCGGCGAGACCGAGAACCCACGACGUAAUAUCCCCAAGGCAAUCCGACGAGUUUUCUGGCGAAUUGCCCUCUUUUAUGUCCUCGCUAUAUUUCUAGUCACUCUAUGCGUCUCUUCUCAAGAUGGCCGUCUCCUAGACGCCAUUAAGAGCUCGGCUCCUGGCGCUGCGGCAUCACCUUUCGUCAUCGCUAUCGAGAACGGUGGAGUCAAAGUGUUGCCUUCCAUUAUCAAUGCCGUUAUUCUCACCUCGGCAUGGUCCGCUGGCAACUCUUUCUUCUAUUCGUCAACUCGAGUUCUAUAUGCCUCUGCAUUAGACGGCAAAGCCCCUAAGUUUCUUAAGUACGAGAAAUGGGGUGUCCCGUAUGCUUGUGUCGGCGCAACGACAGCUCUUAGUUUGCUGUCCUACAUGAACGUAAAUAACCAAGGAGAAGAGGUCUUCUUCUGGUUCUCAAAUAUCUCUGCUGUCUCAACGCUAAUUGUAUGGUCGGCUAUUUGUAUUACUUACUUGCGUUUUUAUUACGGCUUACGCUAUAAUGGGAUCUCACGGGACUCUCUGCCUUAUAAAUCACCUUGGCAACCGUUUCUAGCAUACUUCGCCAUAUUUUUCUGUCUCAUUGUCGCGUUCUUCAAUGGGUACGAUGCUUUCUUCCCCGGAAAGUUCAGCGCGAAAACCUUCGUACCGCCUUAUAUUGAUAUUCCGAUAUUUCUCUGCCUGUUUUUUGGAUAUAAAAUAAUUAAACGGACUAAACUGGUUAAACUAAGCGACAUGGACCUGUGGAGUGGCAAGGCAGAAGUAGACCGCUUGGAGGGCACAUGGCCGGAAGUGAAGCCAAGGAACUUCCUAGAAAGAAUUUGGUUCUGGAUUGCAUAA